AUGUUAAUAAAUAACCAACUUGCAGCCGGCGAAUAUCGUCAUAAUUAUAUUCGUUUAGCAUUUAUAUUGGGUACACUUCUUUUAUUCAUUGGUUAUAUUGCUGUCUGUCAAUUAUUUGAACGUGGCAAUCAUCCUGCUUCUAUUAACGGAACAAUACGUCCUGAAAAUUUACGUCUUAAUGAAAUUACUCCAUCGGAUUGGGUUUAUCGAAGUUUAAAUGCACUUAAUUAUUUUUGGCAGUUCUCUUGGUUACUCUAUUCAUUAACAUUUAUUUAUCGCCGAUCAUCAACUGGCUAUUUAUAUCUAUCACCAAAUACAUUAACACCAACAUUUUAUGGUAUUUAUAAUCUGUCUUUUCUUAUUCCAGCAUUUUGGUUAAUAUUCCUUCAAGAAACUUAUUUAAUCUGGACUUGGGUUAUAUAUUUAAUAUCAUUCGUAUUAUUAUCAAUGGCUUUGUUUAUUAUUAAUAAUAAUGUAGCAAUUAAUAGAAAACUAUAUGAAACUGAAGGAUUUAAUCGAGAUAUUUGGUAUCUACGAUUUUUUGCACAAAAUGGUGUAGCUUUUUUUGCUGCUUGGACAGCUAUUCGAUUUAUUCUUGCUUUUGACACAUUUCUUCAAGUUUUUCUUGGUUUAUCAUUGGCAACUUCUGGUAC